AUGUCCCUCACCGAGAACGCUCCGGCGUCACCAGGCGGUGGGAUUACCGGCAUGAAGCGCGAGCUCAGCAUGGACAAGGAGAACUCUUUUGCCCCUGUGACGCCGACACGCGCGUCCAAGAAGCGGGCUCUGCUCCCUCGCGGUGCUGCGUCGCUCAAUCAGGAUCCGUCAGAUAAGGAGGCGGCCGCCAAGCCGCGGGCCAAGUCGGUCGGACGGCGCUCGCUUGGCGCCUUCCGUCCUCUCGGUGCAAGCCUGCUCGAGGCGAGCGACCCGCCGGUAGCGGCUGCUCUCGCUGGAAUCCGUCCGGGUCGCCGCUCGCUCGGUGCCUUCCGCUCGCACGCCUCUUCGCUGCUUCAAGGCCAGGAGGCGCGGAGGCGCCCUGGCCGUCGCUCCAUCGGCACGUUUGGCGCGCAGACCCCGAUGCAGCCGCAGCAGGAGCAGCCGCAGCAGCCACAGCAGGAGCCACAGCCGUUGAUCGAAGAGAUGGUGCCGGUUGAAGGCAAUGCACGGCAGCCGCAACCAGCAACCGAGCUCGUGGCUGCCGUCGAGACGCUGACGACGGCCAACGCGGCGUUUGACGAGGUCGCACCGGCCACGUUUGACUCUGACGAUGACACGACAUCAAUUCUUCCUGGCGGCCGGGCGCCGCUGCUCAACGCUGAUGGCGCAACCACAGGCAUCCUCGCUGUGUCGGGAGCGCGCAAGAAGGCACGGCGGUCGCUCGGCAGACGGGUCUCGUUUGCGCCGACCAUCGCCUCGGUCCGAGAGUACGAGAAGCGGCACGAGGAAUGGAUGUCGCCGCAACCAGAGUCUGACUCUGACGCCGACCUUUCCGGCUACGGCGCGAGCAUGCAUCCGCUAGGCGACGCGCCUGUGGCCUCGUUCUCUGCUCUCGAGUCGCUCUCGACCUCGCUGGCUUCGUCGGCCAACACCUCGAUGUCGUCGAACCUCGACUCGAUGCUUGACUCGACGGUGAGCAGCGAAGGCAACGAGUCGAUGGGCCCUCUCAUGUCGCUCAACGACCUGUGGCAAGCCGAUCCACAGGAGUCGAUCGCCACGCCGGCCGCCGCCGAGUUCUCGUUUGAUUCCGACGAGGUCGACGACGAUUCGAUCGAGCUGACCGAGACUUUUUCGUCCAAGCCAGCCUACGUCGCGUCGUCGGCCGUGGCCUCAGCAGCACUUCUCACCCUCACAACCGACGAGCGGCUGUCAACGACGGUGGAUGAGGCCGCGCCAAACCCAGCGUUCGACAUUGCACCGUCGGCGAGCCUCGCUGUCGACGAUGAUGACGACGACUCGAUGCUUAGCCAGGCAGGCACUGGUCAGCAGGUCUUUACACUCUCUCGUGUCCCCACCAAGAACCUCUCACAAGCAUUUGAGCAGGAGGCUCUUGCCGCCGCACCGGUGUCUGCGCCCUCUGGUGCCGACUCUGAGGACGACUCGAUGGAGAUGACCGAGACUGUCAGCGCCGAUGCUGUUGCGGCGGCGUUUGAUGUCGACUCGCUUCAGGGUCUAGAUGCCGCUGACGACGACACCAUGGAGAUGACUGUCACCGUCGGAAAUGUCAAGGCCGAGGCGGAGGUCGAGGCGGAAGUCGAGGCCGAGGCAGACGCUGACGAGUCAAUGGAGAUGACGACGACCAUCAACGCCGACGUGGUGUCUGCCGCCGCCACUGCCGCGGCGUUUGACGCCACUCCCGCAGACAACUCGCUCGAUCUGCUCGACAACGACACCAUGGAGAUGACUGUCGCCGUCGGAAACGUGAAGGCCGAGGCGGGGGUCGAGGCUGACGAGUCAAUGGAGAUGACGACGAACAUCAACGCCGACGUGGUGUCUGCCGCCGCCACUGCCGCGGCGUUUGACGCCACUCCCGCAGACAACUCGCUCGAUCUGCUCGACAACGACACCAUGGAGAUGACUGUCGCCGUCGGAAACGUGAAGGCCGAGGCGGAGGUCGAGGCGGAAGUCGAGGCCGAGGCAGACGCUGACGAGUCAAUGGAGAUGACGACGACCAUCAACGCCGACGUGGUGUCUGCCGCCGCCACUGCUGCGGCGUUUGACGCCACUCCCGCAGACAACUCACUUGAUCUGCUUGGCGACGACGACGCCAUGGAGAUGACGACCACUGUCGGCUCCGAGGUCGCACAGGCAGCGUUUGAUGCAGCCCCUGUGCCGAUGGAUGUUGCUGAUGAGUCGAUGGAGAUGACAACGACGGUAGGCACCGUUGCGCCGCUGCCGGAGCCGACGCUCUCGAUGGACGAGUUCCUAGUCCGGACCUCAGUCCAGCUGUUUACCCAGUUUUCGACACGCCGGCCGACCCUCCUCCCACCGCCGCCGAUGCCAACCGACGACCCGAUUGCGCUCGAGCUGCUCUCGGUCUUUGUCCUCGGCCCAGAGACCUCGAUCUUUUCGUUUGGCUGCACUCAGCUGGAGCAACUGACCGCCUCGCUACACGAGCGCGCUAACGCGCUGGCGGCGUCGCUCUCCUCCGACAACGCGCCAAUCAUGAAGGCGCUGGCGCUGGCCCAGCCUGGCUCGGCUGAAGAGUCAGCGCUCGUCGACCGGGUUGUCGAUCUCAAGGCUCUGGCCAAGGGUCGGGCCAAGGUCAAGUGGUACGCCUGGCUCGCCAAGCUCAACGGCAAGCUCGCUGCCGGCUACUCGCGCUCCUCGCAGCUACUGGAGGGCGAUCUGGCCAUCCUGGCCCGUGCCGCAGGCGUGUGCGAGACGUCGCGCGACCUUGCCUCACUGUACGACUCCAAGAUCAACACCCUGACCAACCUCCACAAAGCCUCGGAGCUUGCUGCGCUCCGGACCGAGUUGGCAGCGGCCACAAGCGCCAACUCGCAGGCAGCGGCCGGUGUCGCCCACCUCGAGGCCACCAAGGGCCUUGCCGAGGACGGCCUUCGUGGCCUUGCGCUGAAGCGCAACGCGCUGAAGCGUGCCGCGGCCCGAGCCGCAGCCUCGGCUGCAGGGUGCGAGACCUCGUACGAGGCCGUCGAGGCGCUGAGUGAGACUCUCGCCAUUGUCCGUGGUCUCUCGGACUGGUCGCUCAAGGCCUUCAAGGCCGACGCCUCGAUCGCACUCACCUUUGGAUCCGAGUUUAGCGUGGCCCUCCAGCUCCAGCCGUCGCCGGCCGGGCGGACACUUCUGACUGGAACCAGCGCGGCUGUGCUGCCGGAGGCCAACGUCUUUGUUGCGCCUCUCUUUGACGCCAUCGGCAUCGACGCCAUGCUGUACAUGGACGCGCCGCUGCCAUACGACGGACCUGCAGUCCGGGCCAUUCUCGAUGAUCUCGAGCUCCACUUUGGUCGAGUCAUGCUUCUCUCGCGCCAGCUUGCCCAGCUUGCCGCGCUCUUCGACAUCUCGUACGAGCCGCUGCCCGGCACCGGAGACUCGGCGGGGUCGUCGUCGCAGGCACUGUGCCUUCGCUUCAACUCGCUUCGCUCCUCGACUCGCUUUGCCGUCUACCUUCCGAACCUCCACCAUGACCACCUCGUUGCUGGACCGGUCCUUGACGCUCGGGUCGUCAUUGAGGCUGCUCCACACACUCCCAUCGCCGAGGCGACCGUUCUUGCCGCCAUCGCCGCCAUCUCGCCGUCGCUCACCCGUCUGCGCUCGCUCGUCCUCGCGCUCGACGCGCUGUAACCUGAAUAACACCAAUAACUGCU